AUGAGCAAGAAGAUGGACGCAACAGCCUCGAGCAAGAAGCCGAAGCGCACGCCUAAGAACGCGGCGCGGAGCGCCCACGGCCAGCGCAUUCACAACGCGUUAUGCGAGCCACCUACACCCGUUCCAACCCUGAGCAGCAACAACCUCAACGUCUGCACCCGCUCCGCCGCCCGUCGCGAAGCCGCCAUCAUGGCCGCCAUUCCCAUUCGUAGCGUCCGCGCUCCCUCCGCAUCGCCCCAAGGCAGCGCCAACAGCAAGAAAGAGAUCAAUGAGACGAAGAAGAGCGUACGUUUCGCCCUCGAAGAAGACGACGUCGUCGCCGAUGCCAACACCACCACCACGAAAGACAAGCCCACUCCCUCCGACAACCCCACCCAGCCGGCCACCACCUCUACUCCUUCUUCAACUACACUUACCCCACAGCGUCCCCGCCCCCUCUCGGCGCCGCACAUCCUCGACCAGCUCCUGGCCCGCAACCCUGACUUCGGCGCCACCCACGCCCGUCUCCGCCUUCCCUCCGUCGCCCCGCGUCUCCUGCUGCGCCCGCUCUUCGCCGACGCUCGUAGCGGAAAGUUCAGCGAGGCUGCGAAGCCAUCUCUGAACGAGGAGGAGCAGGAGACGCAGGAGAAGAAGAAGAUGGACAAGAAGGAAAAGGGCAAGCUUCUCCGCAAGAUGGUCGCCAGCGUCGUUCAUGACACGCGCGACGGCCGGGACGAGCUGACCAACGCGGGAUACUUCUUGCAGGUGCUGGAGGAGGUUGAGCGCACGCGCGGAGGUUCUGACGGCGCCGACGUCGGUGCUGGUGACGAGAGAUCAUUGGAAGGCACCAUGCCGUGGCUCGUGGAGGAGGUGUUCAAGAUGCUCGUCAUCCUGGUCAGCUGGCACCGGCAGCUGGCGCCGCGGGAGGAAGGAGAGGACGCGGGCUGUGUCUUGUCGGUGCGGCAGGUGCUGGAGCUCGUGGAGGGCGAGAUCGAGGCCGCGGCGAGGAUCGUGCAUGGAGCUGUUUGA